AUGGACUACAGCUAUUUCAGCGCGCCUCCGCAGCAGCCCUAUCACCACUUUCUGGGCAUGCCGCCGAGUGCAUUCCCCCACUCCGGAGUCGACCCGGACACUAUUCGCAGCGUUGAACCUCUCGACCCUACUCUGUUCCCCGUCCCCUACGAUGCCUUUACAUUCCACGGCCUGCCCACCCCGCAGCAGGGCUCACCCGACGCCGCUGUAGCACACACACCUAUGCCUGUUGGCAGCGUAGACUCGGGGAUUGGAGACGACGGCCGCGCAAGCCAGACGCGCAGCAGCAGCGAAGAGAAGGAAAGCCUCACCCCCGCGCAGAGCAGGCGGAAGGCACAGAAUCGGGCAGCUCAACGCGCCUUCCGUGAACGCAAGGAGCGCCAUGUCCGCGAACUCGAGACGAAACUCACGGCUCUCGAGUCGAGCACGCACUCUCUACAGUCAGACAAUGAUCGGUUAAAGCUCGCUCUGCAGCGUGCCAGGACGGAGAACGAGAUCCUACGCGCUACCUCUGGACACUCACCUGCUGCAUCGAGACCAGUAUCCGCCAGCUAUCCCUCGCCAGGCGCUCACCUUCCUCUAGACGAGGAUAGCGACGCCGACGACGACGACUACAACGUCCAAUCCCUCACCAAUGGCAGCGUUAUGAACGCUGCUGACAAGGAGCAAGUCGCUUCUCGCCGCACGUCCAAGGGCAGGCAGAUCCCCGCAGCUCAGGCCUGGGACUUUAUCCAGUCGCAUCCGCUCGUCAAGCAAGGCUUAGUCGACAUCACCGACGUCUGUGAGCGGGUAAAAGGCGCAGCAAAGUGUGACGGCCACGGGCCCGUUUUCGAAGAGGACACUUUAUGGCAAGCAGUCGAGGAGUCGAGACGGUGUGGUGGGGACGAACUCAUCUGA